AUGGUCAUCACUGCUACUGUUACCGAGGAUGAAGUCACCAAGAUCCGCAUCACGCCGCCAAAACAGCAGAUUAGUCUUCCCCAUUCUGAUACAACGGCUGGACGCGUUGUGCCUAUAGUGCACGCGGAAUCUAGCGGGGUUGAUUUUGGAGCUGAAGUCUAUGGCAUCGACCUGAACAGAUUUACCGAUGCUGACUUUGACUUGAUUUCCGAUGCGCUUCAUAAGCACAAAUUGCUCGUUUUCAAGGAGCAACCCGCUAUGCUGAGGCCACAACAACAGUACAUAUUGACAGCAAAUUUCGAUCCCAAAGAAACGACCGGCGGCUUCGCUCAUGGUCACGACCCAUUUCUCACGAGUCACGAUGGUGUUGACUUCUACGGUAUUCCAAAGCGACCUGCGCUACCAGAACAACCGCAAGUACACAUUCUUGGUCGUGGCGCUCUUCCCGAUGGACACUUCGGUUUCCCUCCCGGGUUCGAAGUACAAGGAAUAGACCACGAAGAAUUCCAUCUACCGCCGCAUAUUCCCGCAGAGGAACGCGAGGCUGGUGCAUCGCGUUUCUACCAAUGGCAUUUUGACGGCUCGCUGUACAACAUCCCACCGCCGCGUGUUGGUUGUCUUCUUGCUGUGCGAACUCCCAAGGGUCCUGAUGUCACUGUGCGCUGGGAAGACGAAGCGGGAACCGAGAUGAAGAUGGCACCUGGUGCGACGGCCAUGGUAGCUGGUAGCCGAGCAUUGGCGCUUCUGGAUGAAGAAACGCGGCAGAUUAUUCUCAACAGUAAGAUCGAGUAUGCGCCACACGCUUUUGCAUGGAUGUCGACAGCGCACAGCACACGACUCGGACAUUCGAUUGAGACUGAGGGUCUUGAAAAGCCACUUGAAGAAUUACCAAAGUGGGACAAGAGCAAGAUUUGUGUGUACCCGAUGGUAUGGACGAAUCCUAAGACGGGCGAAAAGUCAUUACAGGUGCAUGGACAGGGCGCAUAUAAGCUGUAUCUCAAGAACAGCCCUGAUGGAGGGGAGACUGUGGUUGAGAACCUCGCAGAGGUGCGUGCUUUCAUGGACAAGUAA